AUCGUCCUACACAACCCUCACCCUACACCCUCCCCCCUCCACCUCACCCCUCUCGGAAGAAACACAGAGGAAGAGGAGGAAGAGGAGGAAGAGGUUGAAUACAGACUGACUCUGGUUGGCUGCCUCCCGGUCCAUCACCUCACCACCAUGGCCAUGCUGCCCUGGGUCGUGGCUGAGAUCGGGAGGCCUCGGCCUGGGGAGAGAGACAAGCCCGUAGGGGGUCGGCCGCCUGGAAGUCCUGCAAGUAGAGGCACACACACCGGAAACGGAGAGAGCGUUUCCUCACGACCACACCAGGCGGUGUGUCUGUGUGUGUCUGCCUCGUGGGUGAGGUGUGUGUGGACGGAGGAGGAGGUGGAGAGGGACAGGCGACCGUGGGACCCCCUCACACACACUCACAGGUUGUUGUUUGAGUGCCGGCCGCACCGCGUCACCAAGCUACUCCACGACAGCAGGGAGCCGUGUAGCUUUGGUUGUCUCGUUCGAGACACACAUCUCUGUUACUGCUACGUCUUCCAAUGCCAGGACUGCACCAAGGUCCCUGAGAUCAUCAGUACGCUGCGUCAGGCCGGGAAGAGCUCGGCGCGCAACGAUGACCUCGCAGCGCACAAACCCGCCGCCUCUUCCUCCUCAGAAGACUGUACUCCGUCCGCGUCGUCGGCCUUCGGCGCUGCCACCAUGUUCGCCAAGAGGUUUGAGGUUCUGUUCUGUGGAAGAGUGACCGUCGCCCACAAGAAAGCCCCGCCCGCUUUGAUUGACGAGUGCAUCGAGAAAUUCAGCCAAUCCGUAAGGGCCGGGGGCGAUCCUCAACCAGAAAGUGGCGGUGGAUUGGUGGACGGGCUGCGGAGAGCUCUGGCCUUACCGACGCUAACGCGAAAUGGAGGAACGGGGGAUGGAGAGGUCAGGGGAGGAGGGUACGGUGCCUCUAGUGGUGGGAGGCCGGUGAUGUUCCAACCAGACCCCAGUUUCCCCUGCCUCAGAGCCCUGGAUGAGAACGGCCUGUCACCUGAACUACACACACACACCGCUGGGGUCCAGCCCACCAGUCUACAGGAGAACAGGACCAUGCUGUUCAUG